CAGAAUAUCAAAGUAAUCCGUCGAUUCUCGAAAUCAGACCACAAAGUUGAUUGUCCGAUUUGAUGAGCUUCGGAUAAGUAGACAGAAAAGUACUCUUGCUUCAGAUUUGUUCCUCCACUUAUCUCCUCAUUCGCAGAUUGUCUCGUUCGACAGCAAUCACUUUCCAAAGGGCUUAUCCCCCCCAGCCAUCAUGGGAAAAGUUGUCGCGGCUGUUGGCAUGUCCCAUGCCCCUGGAGCACUCGCAUUUCCAGAAACAUGUCCUGAAAACAUCCGAACAAAGCUGGAAGAUGCAUCUUUAGAGCUCGGGAAGAGCUUGGCAGCGGGUGAGCCGGACGUCAUCUUCGCCUUCCUCGACGAUCAUUACGAAAAUUUCUUUAUCGGAAAAAAUAUGCCCUCGAUAGCCAUUGGAGUGGCAGACUCGCACGUUGGACCUGCGGACCAGUGGAUGGAGACGCUGCGCAUCAAAGAGAAGACGAUUUUUCCUGGAGCGCCCAAAAUUGCUGAGCAUGUUCUAUCGUCUUUGGUCGAGAAUGGCUUUGAUGUCUCAAGAGCGGGGUCGACAGAGUAUGGAAACAAUCUACUCAUGCCGUGGGUUUUGAUGAAGCCUGGAAUAAAAUGUCCCAUUAUUCCUGUCUACAUCAAUGUCUUUACACCACCUCUUAUCCCAUACAAGAGGGCAUAUGCUCUUGGCGAAGCGAUUGCCAACGCGGUUGAGACUUUACCAGAUUCUACCAAAGUCGCAUACUUGUGCACUGGAGGUCUUUCACAUUGGCCUCCUUAUUGGAACGAAUUCCAAGCAUCUCCAGAUGACAAGUUCAUGCAACGAAUGAAGCGGUACCAGACAGAAGGAAAGGAAUACCUCAAGACCGAUCCAAGACUGUUCAUCGAGUUCGAUGACUACGAGGUCGAGAUGGCGAAGAAGAACGAGUAUCCUCUUAACAACCAUCACCCACUUGUGAACGAGAAGUGGGAUCGAAUGUUCAUGGACAAAUUCUGUGCUGGUGAUAGUUCGUACAUGAAAGGUCUGACGUACAGAGAGGUUGAAGAUGAAGCAGGUCAUGGUGGUCAUGAGGUGUUGAAUUGGGUAGCUAUGCUGGGAGCAAUGAAAGGGCAGAAAUCUAGACUUCUUGUUUAUGAACCGGUCAUUGAAUGGAUUUGUGGCAUGACAUAUGUAGACUUUGAUGUCACUAAGCGUUGA